AUGGCAGCCUCACUAGGUGUCACUGAUAUGGACGUUGCCGAAAUUUCGAGGAUGCUGGAGCUCAGACACACAUUGUUACCUAUGUUCCAGGUUUCUGUCGCGUUCCUUAUACUCACUUGGACUGCUGUGAGCUUGCGUGUAUACGUUAGAGCUUCGAUUCUGAGAUCUUUCCAUUGGGACGACUGGUUGAUUCUUCUUACGCUGUGUGUAUUCUCAGCAUGCUGCGCGUGUCUCAUUGCCAUCGAGGACAUCGAGAGAAGCAGCACGGCAAGUGAGGCGUUAUCGAACGGCUUCGCGGCUCAAUUUGAUCUGGUAGACAAGAUAUUUGGUCUCAUCAUGGGUUUCAUGUCUCUCUAUAUCGUCACAACAGUCGUCUUGAAGCUCGCGCUUGCCAUCUUUUUCCUUCGCAUCAUACCCGAAGACUUCGCUUGGCAACGGAAGACUAUAUACCUUGCAACUGGUAUUUACACGACUUACGGCCUAGUGUUUGCUUUCAUCGUCAUCUUCCAGUGUGGCAAUCCUGCCAACUUCUUUGUACAGGAAGCCAGAAAGGCCUGUGUAUCGGACGACAUACUUCAACCACUCUACUACACUGCCGGUGGUAUGAAUGCUUUGACAGACUGGAUGUUCUCGCUCUUGCCCGUAACUGUCAUUUGGAGUGCAGCUAUUCCCCGAUCAACGAAAAUAUCGGCGGGCUGUCUACUGGGUCUCGGUUCGUUGGCCAGUAUCGCCUCGCUGAUCCGGUUGGCCUAUAUUCCUGGCAUCGAGGCAUCACCGACGUUCCUGGAGCACGCAGUCAAUAUAGCAAGUUGGUCAGUUGUGGAACCUGGGCUUGGAAUCGUCGCGGCGUCUCUGGCGACUCUGCGACCACUAUUCCGACAUUGCUUCCCUGGCAAGCAGCAUACCGUGUUACCCACUACGCAUAGAGGCAAGCCAGUCACAUAUACGCCGGGCACAUUUGUAUCACGCAUGAGCUUCGAGGACAAGAUUAAUCCGUAUGGAGAUCUACAACUCGGCUGCGUCACAACAAUUGUCGGGAACUCGGAUGGCACCGAGUUGCGCACGAUAGACCGCAAGGCAAAGAACGUCUUGUCAAGCAUUCAAGAGAAGUCUAUGCACUCUAGGGCGCCUUCAGUCAUGUCCGAAGUCUCUCGUGUUGACAGCGGGGUUACUAAGCUGGGAAGGGCAUCAAGUUUGAGGUCCCUCAUGCGACACGAACGCUAUCAAUUCCCUCGACCGCCGAGUGCUAUGAAGAAGGCAUAUAUCCAGAAUGGACGUGUGGUCAUGAGUAGAGAUAUCAAGAUCGAGCAGGAGCUUUACGUGUCGCACUCGCAGCCCUCAUCACCGGUCUGA